AAAGCCCAAAAAACUUGGCCCACAAGAAGAGAAACUCUUGGACCAUCACCGAAACCUGAAGCUCGCAAACCGCGUUCAUGGCGGAACUUCUGUAGUGUACUGUAUACACAUCACUCAUAGCGAGUUCCCAACUUCGCAAGCAACGAUGGCUCUCGCUUCAACAGCGACCUUCGCUCUCUCUCUUCUUCUCUUUCUUCCGAUUCUAUCAUCGGCAAUAUUAGAAAAAGAAGAAGAAGAAUUUUCCGAGGAGUUGCUAUUGAAACCCUUACCCGAUCGUAAAGUGCUUGCGCAUUUUCACUUCCAAACCGAAGCUUCUAUGUCUGAAGAUUCCUUCGCUCGUCACCAUCAUCUCUUCCCUAAAUCUAUUUCUCAGCUGUGUUGGAUGGACAGGUUAAGAAAUUUCACAUUAAAGCAAUGGAGUUAUCCUUCACUCAAGGUUGAUGGAACUAUGAAAGAUGGGGUGGAUUUGAUCCAAUAUCCAGCCAAAAUGCAAAGCCUCCUGGAGUUGAAUUGUGGGCAGUCUUUGAUGUCCCACAACAUCAGGUUGAUGCUUCUUGGAAAAAUUUAACUCAUUCUCUGUCAGGUCUUUUUUGCGCUUCAAUAAACUUCCUAGAGUCUUCUAGCUCUUAUUCUGCUCCGAAAUGGGCAUUUCAGUCAGCCUUAGGUAGUUUAAGAUAUGGCACACUGCCACGUGAAGCUGUAUGCACAGAGAAUCUAACUCCCUGGUUGAAACUCCUUCCUUGUCGAGAUAAAGCUGGACUUUCGGCCUUAAUGGAUAGACCGUCUAUUUACAGAAGGUUUUAUCAUUCACAGCGAUUGCACUUGACAGCAUCAAGAACUGUUGCUGAUGGGUUGGAUUCAGGAAUUAUUCUAGAACAAGCGCUUACAGUUGUUCUUGAGCCUAAUAUUCAGAGAGCUGGCAUGAGCUAUCCAAGUGAAACAAAGAUUCAACCAAGCUGGUCUCUGAGUUCAAUAUUUGGACGAAAAAUAAAUGGAAGAUGUGUUCUUGCCAAGUCGAGUAAUGUUUACCUUCAAGUUGAAAGGGGUCUAGUUACUAAACUUGAAGAGCUCCAGGAGAAUACUGCUGCAUAUGCUUCUAAUGACAUAGGUACAGAUGAUUUGAGGUGGAAUCUUGGCUUUGACUUAACUGUUACCCCAGACAGGGUCCAUAGAGAGCUGGAAAAAAACUCAGUUCUGUAUGAAUAUUCAAUCAAUGGGUACAAAGACACCGAACAGUUUGAUUUAGGCCUAACUUGGAAGCAUCCAGUUGUUUGGUCCAGUUCACACGCACCUUUAUAUGCCAGUAGA